CGGAAUCUGAUUUCGGUCAAAGUUUUCAACGAUAUCUGAUUCCAUUUCUGGGGAUAAAGGUGCAGAAGAGAGCGACUCUGGUGUAGAGAUUAGCCUGACGAAGCAAGCCUACUCUGAGAUGACUGAUCACUCUGCUUCUUCCUCCGAAGCAACCACUUAUUUGCUUCUUAAAGAAACCCAGAUGAUCACUGUGGAUGCUGCAAUUGGUUACGCAUCUCGUCAACGCAAUAGGGUUAAGGAAACAUCUUUCUCUGAGCCGUUCUCUAAAGAAGGCGAGGAAUUUGGAGAUGUUGAGCACAAGAUUGAUGAUACUGAUGGGAAAGAAAGAUUCGAUUUUGAGGAGAAGGAACAAGAAUCCGAGGCUCAGAGACUUUUGGAGGCAGAAAAGAAAAUAUUUUUGGCUAAAAUUGAAGUUGGGUCAAUCUUCGAAAAGAAUGGGAAUGGUUCUAAAGAUGUUCUUGGGGACAACACUGCUCUUGUUAAGAGAUCUUUGAAGAUCGAGUUAAUUGAUGAUACUGCGUUUGUUGGUGUUGUUCCUUUGUACAAGAAAAGUAACGAUCAUCCUAAAAGACCAAGAAAGCACAAGAAGAUUGGAGAGAAACCAAUUGAUGGGGGAAAACAUAAGGGAGAUGCAUCAACCAGACUUUCUGAAUAUCAUAAUCAUGAUGAGAACAAUGGGAAGCAGUUUAGGAUAUUGUACUCUAGAAAACAGAUGGAGUCGAUGAGGUUUGCCCACAUUGUGAAUCAGAAGAAACUGUGGAGUGAGAUGUAUGCUCGGCUUCUACCUGAGGUGGUGACUGACUAUGAAAGUCUAGUUAGUCAUUGGGAUUGGGGUCUUCUGAAGAAGAGUGCAAGUGUUCGUGCGGAAAAACCAUUAGAGGUUGGAGAUAAAGAAGUCAUCAUCAUGGCAAAUAGACUCAUCACCAUCACCGGUAGAUAGAUACUUUGGCCAAAUGGGACAGUAAAUCAUAUGUGUGAAAGGAGACUAGCUCUCUCCAGCUUGACUUAAAUGGGUUGCCCGAAUGGGUUUUUAAGGGACCACCACACACUGAUGUGUCAUUUUAGUUCUGUUUUGAAUCUACCUUUCUUGUGCUGUUAUUUUUCAAAUGUACUAUUCGAGUUAUGUAGAAAACUCUGAUAACAGUACAUUUUAGAAAUUUCUCUAUU